CAACAAAGCUCACAAAGCUACCCACGUGCCAGAUCAAAGUCCUUAGGUCCGCCACAACAUUGUGACGAGGGCUCGCAGACCCAGUUGCCACAGAAUAGUGGGCAAGUCUGCUAGAAAUUCAGCUCUUGAUUUUAUUCAAAUCUGCUCUUCAACGUUUUGUUGAGAUGCUGGGGCUGUUGGCGAGGCUCGUUCUACUAGCGGGAUCUAUUGGUACUGCAAGCUGUGAGGCUACAAGUGACCCACUACCUCCUGUCGGCCAUUUCUAUGUGGAAAACGGAAGGGGACAGAAAUGCCUCCUGUUGGACAUCUCGGCCACCUUUCAUGUAGAGUACCUCAGGACCGACAACACUACGGACACUGUGGCCUACCCUCUACCCAACAACAGCUACGUCAGCGGAACAUGUGCACACGGGUUCCUCAACGAGCAGACGGCCGUCAUGAACAUCAGCUUUGACGACAUCACUACAUAUAUGGGACAGUUCGGCAUGAACUUGACCUUUUCCAGGAACUUACCCGUUAUGACGCAUUUCUGGCUUUCCAAAGUUUCCAUCUACUACCAGCUGAUUCCGUCUCUAUUUCCAGACGCCUUACACCCGAACAUGACAUUCUUGUCUGUGGUCUCAGGCAUUCAGGCGAUCAAGACACAAUCUACUGCUUUAACACCCAAGUCAUACCUAUGCAAGAGGGAACAAGAGUUGACUCUAAGCCAAGCCAGAGAUGUGAAUGUCCCACUGCGCGCCAAUCUGACUGUUCACAACAUCCAGGCCCAACCGUUCGAGGUCGACACCCAAGGCACGUUCUCGCUUCCACAGGAGUGUCCCCAAGAUUUUGUCCCAACAACGGAACCCCCUGCAACAAGCACAACCCCCUUCCAACCAGUCACCCCCUCUCUAGUUUUUCCCGUUGGAUCUUUUUCCCUGAAUAACUCUGAAGGACAGGUGUGCUUGUUGGCGAACAUGGGAGUUUUGUUUCGUGUGGCGUAUCGCGUGGAUGGCGGGAAGAACAGAAACGCCACCUACGUCCUUCCCGCGAACAGCAGUGUGGGCGGGUCAUGUGAGGACGACCAGGCGACCUUGACUUUGAUGUUCACCGACACCUUUAACCUUAGCUUAUCCUUUUACUCUGACGGGAAAAGGUACGUUCUGAACAGCCUCGUGGUCGGGUACCAACGUAGCGCGCGGUUUUUCCCGAACGCCCAAGACCCGAACACGUCGGACAUCCAGUUGGAGAACGACUUGUCUCUGUUGGACACCGAGCUGGGGAAAUCGUACAGGUGCGACUCCCAGCGGAACUUCACGGUAGGACAGACCGUGACGUUAGAAAUCGUCGACAUGCAGGUGCAGCCGUUCGGGGUGGAGGGCGGCCGGUUCAGCGACGCGGCGAGGUGUCCACAGGACCUGCGUACCACGAUGUACCCCGUUCUGAACGCCACCACGACGGUACCGACGAGAGUGACCACGACAAUGCAAACAACCGACGCGACUGACACCCUUGCCCCUGCAACAACGAUCCUCCCCUCAUCACCUCCCCACAGCACUCCCCCUUACACAACCACACCGCCUCCUACUCCAAGCAAGCCCACAAAACCCUUACAAGGCCACUACGUUGUCAAAAACUCCACAGGACAGGUUUGUUUACUUGCCAACAUGGGGGUACAGUUUAUUGUCGAGUACGUCAAACAGGAUGCAGAAGUUGGGCAGGGAGUCUUUAACGUCCCAGUCACCGCCGCCGUAUCAGGUGCGUGUCAAAACAACGUUUCCUCCUUGACCCUUGAGUUCUACAACGCCACGUUCUGCGUGACAUUUACUUUUGUCCAGUCUAUCGACAGACGUAGCGGCAGGUACCGACUAGCUAGUGCGGAACUGUCCUACACGGAAUUCCCGGUGUUCUUCCCACAGACGAUAGCCCCGAACCAACAGCGUCGCGUGGAGAACAUGACGUUGAACGUCUUCUCCACCGACGUAAGGAAAUCUUACAAGUGCCUCGCAGACGUCAACGUCACGGUCACCAAGGAAGUCACCAUGCUGGUGCGUCAAGUUCAACUCCAGCCGUUUCACGUCGACAAGUCGGGUAAAUUCUUCACAGCGGAGGACUGUGCACAAACUGGUUAUAUUUUAAUCAUUGUAAUCUUAGCUUCGACCCUACCUGCUACCGUGCUGGUGAUCGCCACUAUCAGCUGCAUCUGCUGGAGAAGAAGGAGACGAACAGAGGCAGAAAAAGAACCGCUCUUCAAAAACUUCAUCGAAUGAUCUUUGGAUUCCUUUCG